AUGGAUGCAGCCAAUUCCAACCUGCCGGAAGUAUUUGCCGUCGUUGAAUCGGAAGAAGCCUACUACUUUUUAGCGUCCUACCGAGGCACGACUCUGCAAGAUUUAAUCACGUAUAAUCCGGGAGUGCUGAGUUCGAAUUUGAAGAAGGGGUUUGUCAUUUAUCAACUCUUGCGUGCUGUGGCCAGUUUGCACAGCCGAGGCAUCCUCCACGGCAGCUUGAAAGCAUCCAAUAUUCUGGUAGAUGAAAAUCUGUGGACUCAACUGGCUGGUAUCGAGUAUGCUGCUAGUCCUGUGGAUAUUGAAAUCGAAGAAGAUCCGUUGGUAGUCCAGUGGGUGCGUGGCAAUAUAUCCAACUUUUCCUAUUUAAUGGCCCUGAAUCACUUGGCAGGGCGACGAGAAGGCGAUCCCAAUUUUCAUCCCAUAUUACCAUGGGUGACCGAUUUCACGGGCAAAACGGUUGCGGACGGAUGGCGCGAUUUUACAAAGACCAAAUUUCGCAUGAAUAAAGGUGACGAACAAUUGGAUUUCACAUUCGAUGGUCCUGUCCCUCAUCACAUCACCGAUAUUUUAUCCGAUAUCACCUACUAUGUCUAUCUGGCGCGGCGGACUCCCGUACCCGUACUAUGUCAGUUUGUCCGAUCCAAAUAUGAACCCAAUGAAUACCCGUCGUCCAUGUACCGAUUAUACCAAUGGACACCCGAUGAAUGUAUACCCGAAUUCUAUACCAAUCCUACCAUUUUCACAUCAAUUCAUCCGGACAUGCCGGAUUUACAAAUCCCAUCAUGGGCCAAUUCUCCGCAAGAUUUCGUUCGUAAACAUGCUGAAGCUCUGGAAAGCGAGCAUGUGUCCUCUAACCUCCAUCAUUGGAUUGAUUUGACCUUUGGAUACAAAUUGACCGGUAAAGGCGCUGUGGAAGCCAAGAAUGUGGCUCUUCCUUUGUUGGCCGGACAAAACAGUUUUAUGAAACAUGGUAUUAUUCAACUGUUCAAAGACAAGCAUCCGCAGCGUGGCUGUAACUGGAGUCACUCUUUCAUUGAUAUAGAUUCAUUUACACCGGCAAGUUCGACAAUUGAAUCCUCGGCCGCCGUCGGUAUGUCGAAAAGCGUGAAAUCUCAGCGACUGAUAUCCGUUUCGCCUCCCAAUCCGUCUUUAUGUGAAAGCCCUUCGAGUUUGAGUCUGGCGACCAGAGACCGAGCUUCCUCGAUUCAUUCCACAUCGUCGUCCAUUGAUACUUCCAUCUCGGCGGUCAGUCGAAGCAUGUCUGUGCCCGAAAAUUGUACCGCCAUGACUUCGGCCCUGCGCACCGAUCCUAUCCGGCUACCGACGCAAAUUAGCGAUGAUUAUUUUAUGGAGAAUCUCGUUCACUACGAGGAUAUGCUUGCGUUCGCUAUCAAGUACAAAUUCAUCAAUGACUCUCCGAUUCAGACCAACCCUGUUUUUCCCAACCCUUCGCGACGGUACAACAUCAACCCCCAAGAUCCACCGUGCUUACCCACCAACAAAUUCUCUAUUGGCACUGCCUACGAUAUGUUCUGCUUGGGCGAAAUCAUUCGCAAUAUAAUUGAUUCUUUGAUGAUCGAGGACUGGCAAGCACGACCUUCGGCCAAAGCCAUAUUAUGCGCUUCCUUUCCUACCAUGUCCAUUCGUGAUCCGAAACGGUCUUUUCCCUUUCAUGAGGACAUUCCCGACAUAUACGAAUACCUCGCGGCAUUUUAUCAAGCAGAAUGGACUCGACGUCUUUAUUUGGCCGAUAAAUGGAUUGAUCGAAUAUGUGACCUAGAAGACGAACCAAUCAUUGCCAUGUUUGAGACUUUGCGUCCCAAUAUCCCGAGAAUUUUAUUUGAUCAGCAAAUGAUCAAGGAAUUCAUUAAACGGCUUGGUAUUGCUACGUUUCUCCAGCAAUUGCUGCCAUGCUACCUCGAAGCUUUAGCUAUUCAAGACGAGCAAGCCAAGGCGGUGGCGGCGGAUGAUCCAACACCAAUAACGGAUGGUACCGAAACUACGGCCGUUUCCACCAUCGUCCCCACCGGGGCUGUGUCGGAAGUGGCGGGCGAUGUCCUCGUUCACAUCUGUACACUGCUGGGUCCAGUGUUGACGUCCAAGCAUAUUAUGCGUCAAGUGGUCAAAGCCAUCUUUCGUGAUAAUGUGGCCAAACCGCUCUUAUUGCAAACCGCCGUGAAAAUCGCCUCAAGUUUUGGUGAAACUUUUACUGCGAUUCAAUACGGUUACCUGAUCUCUCUGUUUGACACUUAUCAAAAAUCAAUGACCAAGCGAAACGGUAAAAUCAUUGGCAAUCUUAUUACGUUACUCGAGGCACUUCUUCCUUUCAUGUCGGCCGAAGCGAUCGUCACUGAAUUGAAAUCGGGUUUUGUCACCACGCUUUACAAACUGUUGGAACCCUUGCCACCUUCCGAAGGGAGCCAAUCCAUUCCCGAACCGGCGUUGCAACUUCGUUUGACCAUCAGCAUGCGCACCAUCGAAUUUUUGCUUCAAAUAACACAUCACAUACCAAAAUCAGACUGGGAAACCAUGGUAAGGGAACCGGUUGAAUGA